AUGGCGGCGAUUCUGCUUCCCGGAGCAUUUCCUAAACAACUGCAAUGCACGCCGGAACCGGACGGAAGCUGCAGCCUGAUAGGGUCCAAAGUGUCCACGGAAGAGAUAAUGUCGACCACCUUUGGCUCGACGAAAAGUCCCGAGAAGCUCACCAAGGUGCAGUUUGUACGCUCAAGCAUGUCGGCGAUUCCACCCGGUCUGUUCCAGGCCUUCCCAAAGCUGGAGGUGGUCAAUGGCAGCGCGUGUGACGUGAAACAGGUAUUUACGCGCAACUAUGCGUCGGCCAAGGCCCUGAUCGAGUUGUACUUGCGCGGGAAUAAGAUUCACAACCUUCCCGAGGAGGCAUUCUUCGGCGCAUCGCGUCUGCAAACGCUCGAUCUGACCUCAAACGCGAUCGCAAACAUCGACGAGACGGCGUUCAAGCGAUUGCGGGAGUUAAAAACGCUACUGUUAGCUGAGAACACUCUGACCGAACUGAAGCCGCUGGUGCUCAACGAUCUGCCCGAUUUGGAAACACUGCAUCUUCAGCAGAACCAACUGCGCACGAUCAGCAACCGGCAGUUCCAAGGUACACCCUCACUGACGCACCUGAACAUAUCGCACAACGCGCUCAAAUCGUUCGUCAUGGAGCAGUUCGAGCGUGCCUGGACUUUCGACGUGAUUGACGUCAGCUACAAUGCGCUCACGGAGGUGAUGAUUCCCAACAGCUUGCGCGAGCUAGUGGCUAUCGGCAAUGGGAUCCGGAAGAUCGGAAAGGUAGCACCGGAUGCGAACGCAUCUGCGCUCACCCAGCUGAGGCUGCCACACAACAAGCUGGAUAACGUGGACAGCAUACCGACGUUCGAGAAGCUCAUCGUCCUGGACCUGGCGUACAAUCAGAUCCGUACGUUCGACUUCGCGUCGAUCGCUAAGUUUACGAACCUGAUGCUGCUCAAGCUGGACGGUAACCAGCUGGAGACGGUCAGCAACAGCCUGGCGCAGCCUAUCACCAACCUCAAAUACAUUCACCUCGCCGAUAAUCACUUCGUGCAGUUUAAUCUGGAUGUGCUGAGGACGGUUCCGCGCGUGCUGAAGCUGGACCUGCGUCGGAACCGUCUCGAGCAGCUUUCCGUGAACGACCUGAGCGACUCGUUCCCGGUGCUGAUACGGUUGAUGCUGGAGGGCAACCAGCUUCGCUGCGAGGCCAAUCGGAAGUUUGUUAAGGAGUUGAAGUCAUCCAUUGCGUCGUACACGAUGAAGCGAGACGAUUGUACCAAGACGCAAAAUCUUAUCGACGGUAUCUGCUGUUCGUAAUCCACUU